CUCUACUCGUAUCAUUUCAUCCCUAAUCGCGUUCGCCACAAAUUGCUGAUUUUUCACAAUUGCAGGUGUGUGCACAAAUUAUACUUUGGUCAAUUUUGUUAUUUUCAUAUACUUAUAUCGCAGUAAACCUCUACAGUAUAGAGGCACAAACAAUUGAUAAUGGAGUCGAUGGAAACAUCAGCAUCGGGUAAUGAAUCUGAAACUCCGACGGAUGCACCCUCUUUAAUGGAGACGGAUGAACCCAAUGAGACUCCAGCGUCGGUGGGUGCCGGCGCUGCGAAUGAACCAGCUACCGUUAAUACGGAUGCUAAUAAUGAGAAUACGGCCGGCACUGAACCCCGAGCUUCUCAACCCGAAGAGUCAAAUGAAAAUGGAAACGUUAACGAAAAUACAAACAUAAAUGGACAACCAGGCGACCAGCAUAAUGGUGUUUCAUCAAGCACCGACAUGCCACCGCCGCUUCCGUCUUCAGCUGGUAAUGCACCAUCAGGAGAAAACGAAGCACCAACACCAACUACUGCAGGGCCACCCAUAGAUGAGGAAGAUGCCAAAUGGCAUACGGUGGGAAUCUACACUGGACUUAACGCAACGGUAUCAUCGUUCAUAGACAAUACCAUUUGGUCAUCUUCCGGUUUGAAACUGACGUCUAAAAACUUGCCAGAUCUUUCAACAAUUCAACGCGUUUGUCUUGAGCCAGGCACUGCUUACCGUUUCCGCUUGCGUGCCAUAAACACUGUCGGCACCAGUGAUUGGAGUGAGAUAUCA